CUGGCGGACGCGUCCCGGCGCCCACGCCUCAGAGCCCAGCUCCGCAGGGGCGAGGCCGCCGCCAGCUGUGCUCGCAGCCAUGCCUCCGCCCAGGGGCGACGUGACCGCCCUGUUCCUGGGGCCCCCGGGAGCCGGCAAGUCCGCGCUCAUCGGGGCGCUGUGCAGCAGUGCGGACCUGGUGGAGAUCCCCGAGGGACGGCCGGACGCCGGGGUGCCCAGGCUGAGAGCCGCAGGCCCCGGGCUCUUCCUGGGCGAGCUGAGCUGCCCGCCCGCCGCGCCCGGGCCCUGGGCGGCCGAAGCCGACGUGCUGGUGCUGGUGCUGCCCGGAGCCGAGGGCAGUGGGGAGCCCUUGGCGCCGGCGCUGGGCGAGGCGGCGCGGGCUGCCCUCGCCCGGGGAGCCCCGCUGCUGGCCGUGCGGGCGCUGCGCCCCGGGGCUUCGCAGAGUGACGCGCAGGCCCGGGAGCAGACCGCCGCCCUGCUGGACCGCGCGGGGCUGGGGGCGGCCGCCCUGUUCGUGCUGCCUGCGGACUGGGCCGGCAGCGAGGACUGCGAGGAGCUGGAGCGCCUGCGGGGGGCGCUGCGGAGCCGGGCGGAGGCGCUGCAGAGGCUCCUGCCAGCGGCCCAGGAUGGCUUCGAGGUGCUGGGUGCGGCCGAGCUGGAGGCUGUGCGCGAGGCCUUCGAGAAGGGAGGCCUGGAGGCAGCUCUGUCGUGGGUGCGAGCAGGCCUGGAGCGCCUGGGCAGCGCACGGCUGGACCUGGCCGUGGCCGGCGCAGCGGGCAUGAGCCUCGUGCUGGACGCGCUCCUCGGACUGGAUCCCGGCCACCCAGGGGCAGUGCCCUCCCCCGCGCCCGCCGGGCCCGCCCCGUUCCCGGCCCCGGAGCGCCCCAAUGUGGUGUUCUGGGUUGUGCCGUUGGACCCCGCUGGUGGUGCUGCCCCGGCCGCCACCACCCCUCACCCGACCCACUACGAUGCCCUCAUCCUGGUCACCUCGGGGGCCCCCAGUGAGGAGGACUGGGCCCAGGUCCGGGCCUUGGUGCCACCGGACGCGGCGCUCGUCUGCGUGCGAACAGAUGGCGAGGGCGAGGAUCCGGAGGCCCCAGAAGAAGAGGAGACGGUGGGGAAGCCGAGCGGCGGGGGCCGAGUGGAGCCUGCGCCGGGAGACGGGAGGGAGAAAGCGGGCCCCGGGCCGCAGGCAGCAGGCGCAGGGGAGGGCGCGGAGAGGGCCGCGAGCCGGCGUCCGCAGCAGGGCGGCGGCGGCGGGGAUGCGGAGGGCUCGGCCGCCUUGAGCCCCGAAGACGAGACCUGGGAGGUGCUGGAGGAGACGCCGCCGCCCGUGUUCCCCCUGCGGCCGGCCGGGCUCGCGGCGCUGAGCGAGUGGCUGCAGCGCGCGCUGCCCCCGGCCCAAGCGGGCGCGCUCCUGCUGGCGCUGCCGCCCGCGUCCCCCGGCGCGGCCCGGAGGAAGGCGGCCGCGCUGCGGGCCGGGGCCUGGCGGCCGGCGCUGCUGGCCAGCCUGGCGGCGGCGGCGGCCCCAGUCCCGGGGCUGGGCUGGGCCUGCGACGUGGCGCUCCUGCGGGGUCAGCUGGCGGAGUGGAGGCGGGCGCUGGGGCUCGAACCCACGGCGCUGGCGAGACGGGAGCGCGCCCUGGGCCUGGCUCCUGGGGAGCUGGCGGCGCGCACUCGCUUCCCGGGGCCGGUGACGCGCGCCGAGGUGGAAGCCAGGCUGGGCGCCUGGGCGGGCGAGGGCACUGCCGGAGGCGCGGCGCUGGGCGCGCUCUCCUUCCUGUGGCCCGCGGGGGGCGCGGCGGCCACGGGCGGCCUGGGCUACCGCGCGGCGCACGGCGUCCUGCUGCAGGCGCUGGAUGAGAUGCAGGCAGACGCGGAGGCCGUGCUGGCGCCCCCGGAGCCCUCCGCGUGAGGGGUGGGGGCCUGACUGGCUGCUGGCCCCCCAGGGGACUUAGGAUCUAAGUCCCUGUUAGGGGGAAGGGGACGUGGGAGUCUGGGCUGCUGGGGGUAACAGGGUGGGGGCAGGUGCUUGUAGGAGAGGAGAGACGGGGGCUCGGAGACUUGACCUCUAGAUUCCUGCGUGGGGAGGGGAGUUGGGGCCUGGACUCCCACGAGGGCGUCCAUCUUGUCUCCAAGGGCGCGGAAGCGGAGGUUGUUGGGCGUCUAGUCCUCCGGGGGAAGAAGUCGUGAUUCCUGGUGGCUGGGGACCUGCACUGGCUCCCGUAUGGGGAAGAGGGACCCGACGGCCCGGCAAGCUGGACCCUUUGGGCUUCACCCCCUCCUGGGGACAGUGGGCUUUGAGCUCUCACUGGGGGGAGGAGUCCUGGGGGGCUUGGACCCUAACUCGUGGGGGUGUGGGGGGUCCGUGUCUGGGGCAGGGAGCGGGAGACCCCUUGGUGUCUUGGGGAAUAGGGACCAGUCCAACACCUGCUCUCAGGGGUCUCAAACAUGGGAGGGGGCGACAGUCUGCACACGGCGGGCCCCGAGGGUCCCCAGAGACCAGGGAUGAGGCCUUGUGGACGGGGAAGGGCUGGGACCCGUUCACCGGGGUGCCCCCGCGGGUCCCUCACGUCGUCGGAUCCUGGUAGCGUGUCUGUCUUGCAGUGAGACUGCCCUGUGUUAGAGGUGCUCAGUGAGGGAGGGCUCUCCUGGGGGUGUCUCCCUUUGCCUCUUUCGGGUUUUUAUCCUUUUUCGGUCUUGGUUUCCUCUGUCGCUAAACCUUAGCCCUUUCUGACCUCGGUGUUCGUGCACCUGCCUUUUGGGAAAAGCAGCUGUGCUGCCCUCUGGUGUACACACAGGGUGUUGCAGUGAGCGGGGAGGUGGGGGGCAGAAUCGAGAAUGUGCCAGGGUCUAGGCUGCCAGCUCUGUGCGCGGGGGAAGCCGCGGGUUACAGAGUGCUGCAGUGUCCGACAGAGAAGGGGGCCUGCGAGGCCGUCUAGAGCCUCAUGGUGGAGGGAGCCAGGUCUGGGGAGGGCAGGCUGGAGGCCAGCAGCGCACAGCAAGGCCUGUGCGUUGUCUGCCCCCUGCCCCAUCCAGCCUGCUAGAUCUUCCUUCCUGUGCUCGAGUAAGCCACCUUGGGCUCUGCCUCAGGGCCUUGGCACUGCCGUUUUGCUCCCGGCCCCGCCAGGUCUCUGCCCAGAUGCCCUCCGGAGAGGCCUUCCUGCCCUCCCUAAGGGCGCAGCUCACACAGUCCCGUCCUUGAUCUCGCCCAGCCGAUUUGCCUUGUGCCGGCUAUGACGGUUAGAAGUGAUUUUGUUUACUUGCCUUUUUGUUGCGCACUGAUGCUUUGCCUGUCUUGUCCUCUGGUAGCCCCCAGCACCUACAACAGUGCCUGACACACAGCAGGUGCCUGGUAAAUAUUAACCCAUUGGCCGGUGGGAGAACUGGGGCUGCAGUUUGGAUCCUUGGCCUCUCGGCACAGGACGGAAAAGGGAACAAGAUGGGGAGGAACAAGCCUUCAGUGGGAGCAGGUGCCCCUGCCUGGGGCGGGGCCUGGGUAGCAAGCACAGGUGCCUUAUCUUCCCAUCUAGGAUCCUAAGGGCUGGGCCAGAACCACGAGGACCCCCAGGUCCUGUUUCCUGUGACGGCUGUGGACCAGGGCAGGAGAGCUGAGGGACAGUGCCCCCUCCAGCUUGCACCCCCACCCCCGCACAGACAGGGAAAACAUUUGUCCUGAAAACUUAUCCCCCCCGGCCCCGGGACUGCUGCAUCCAUGUCUGGAGCACCAGGUACACCUGUGUGUCUGCCCCGCCUCGGCCUGGGUCCGUCCCCUCCACGCACGUGGCAGCCGUGCAGCCGUGGGGCUGAGGGAGCAGUGCCGAGCGGGCCGCCCGUAUGUAAUACCAGACGCUCCCAGGCUCGGUGGAAACCGGGGGCUCACCGUAAUACGUUCUACUUAACCCCAUCUACCCGUUAUGACCGCUUCCCCGUAGGAUCAGCGUCUGGUCCCGUUAUUUUACAGUCAUCUGUGCUAAGUCUUUGAAGUCUGGACGGUCAUUAACACGGAGCACAAGCCGAUCCAGGUGACAGAUGCUCAUCAGAAAUGCUUUACCUCUAUUUAUUUAUUUAUUUAAUUUAUUUGAGAGCGUGCAUGUGCCCCCACCCACUAGUUCCGUCCCUGGCUGAUGCCUGGCACCUGGAACCCAGUCACAACAUCGCCACAGGAGCCAGAGCCGGGUCUGGAACCCGGGUCCCCCAGCGUGGAACGUAGUCAUCUUAACCAUUAGGCUCAGCGACCUGCACUGGCAUUCCACAGAGGUCAGAGCUGGGGGGGAUUCGCAGGCCCAAGGACAUUGACGCUUUUCCAGUGGCUGGGGGCAGUAGGACCCUAAACGCAUUAAGCAGACCUGGAAGUGCGGCCCCUCAGUGGCACCGGUCACAGUUUCAGUGCUCGGCAGCCACACGGGGUUGGCGGUUACCCCCGGCACACAGCAGCUGCACGGCACAGGAAGUUGUGGUCACAUAGCUAGCUCUCGGGUCUUGCCUGUGGGAUGCUCUUGAACAAGCCACCCAGCAAGUGACGUCUACCUCGCAGUUAUUGUGAGAAUUGUGUACGUGGCCCCCCACACGCGCACACACACCCACGCAGCAGACCGCAGCGACCGGCCCUGGGCUCCCCCGUCUCCCCAUCACCUGUGCUCACAGACUGCGCUGCUCUCACUCCGCCAGUGGCUCAGAUCCGGUCCUGUCUGGUGUCGCUGCUCCGUGCGAUUCCCUCUGCCCAUGUGCCAUGAAGCUCACGCCAGAGCAGGCAGGACAGCUGUGUGUGCGUGUGUGUGCGCGCGCACGUGUGUCCCCUGGGGAAUCUGGAUGCGCUGUACCGUUGUUGAUGAGCACCCUCGGAUUUCGCGGCUGAUGGGGGAAGCUGCCUUUUAAGUCAGCAAGACCCGGGCCGCACCAGGUUGUGUCUGGGGAGCGUCCUGCGACCCCCUUGUGGAUGAACACUGACAGCCGCGUGCGGUUGGGGGGGGGGUCUGAGCGGCACCUCGGGGCUGGAAGACCCUCGAAGGCGGGGACUCCUGGAAAUGGGUGAUGGAUCUUGGUGCUGCCAUUGCACCCGGCAGGACAGGCACAAAAAACCUGGGUGGACGGCCGAGAACCUCCUCGCGUGCUGAGCUCCUGUGUCGCCGCGUGAUGGCAGAGUGACUGGUGUCCAGCGCAGGACAAACUGGGGAGUGGGCAGCCUGUGGUGCUUUUUGGAAGAAUGAAUAAAAACAAGUAG